AAAAAAAAAAAAAAAAGGAGAGAGAGAAAAAAUAAAAGCAGCAUUUUUCGCGGAUUGUUCUCCGUGCGCUGGGGCGCGGCUGCGGGCGAGAGGCGACGGUGGGCGCGGAAGGAGUUUUUUCAUUGUUCUUGAAGACAUCCCAGCAGCUCCAUAUCUUUUAUUCCUGACCUUUUAUUCCUACAAAUCUCUGUGAAGACAAGUUAUGUCAACAGCUGCUUUAAUUAAUUUGGUUAGAAAUGGAGGGUAUCAAGUAAGAAGGAGAGCCCUGCUAACAUCCCGCCUCUUGCAAGACGAGAAGCGUCCGACAGCAGCGGGCUACAGCUCUACCUCCGAACACCGGGCUUCCCGCUUCGAUGCGGAUGGGAGCGGGCGACCUGCCACAUGGGACACCUUUGGCAUCUGGGACAAUCGCAUUGAUGAACCCAUUCUCCUUCCACCAAGCAUAAAGUAUGGGAAGCCAAUCCCAAAAGUCAGCCUAACCAAUGUGGGCUGUACUAGCCAUAUUGGGAAACGGAAGGAAAAUGAAGACCGGUUUAAUUAUGCUCAGCUGACGGAGGACAUUCUAUACUUUGCAGUAUAUGAUGGACACGGUGGGGCAGCAGCAGCUGACUUCUGUGAUAAGUAUAUGGAAAAAUACAUUAAAGAAUUUCUUACUCAGGAGGAAAACUUGGAAAAUGUUUUGAACAAAGCUUUUCUAGAAAUAAACAAAGCAUAUGAAAGCCAUGCUCAUCUGACUGCUGAUGCAACUCUGAUGAAUGCUGGGACCACUGCAACAGUGGCCCUGCUCCGGGAUGGUAUUGAGCUGGUUGUGGCAAGUGUGGGAGACAGUCGUGCACUGCUGUGUCGAAAGGGAAAAGCCAUGAAACUCACCAUUGACCAUACUCCAGAAAGGAAGGAGGAGAAGGAGAGGAUUAGGAAGUGCGGUGGCUUCGUUGCCUGGAACAGUUUGGGACAACCACAUGUGAAUGGUAGACUUGCAAUGACACGGAGCAUAGGAGAUUUGGAUCUUAAAAACAGUGGUGUGAUAGCCCAGCCAGAAACAAAAAGGGUUCAGUUGCACCAUGCAGAUGACAGCUUCUUGGUCCUUACUACAGAUGGUAUUAACUUCAUGGUGAACAGCCAGGAGAUCUGCGACUUCAUUAACCAAUGCCAUGAUCCGGCUGAAGCGGCCCAUGUUGUUACUGAGCAGGCAAUACAAUAUGGCACUGAGGACAACAGCACCAUUGUCAUAGUGCCAUUUGGAGCAUGGGGUAAAUACAAAAACGGCGAGAUCAACAUCUCCUUCAGCCGCAGCUUUGCCUCCAGCGGGAGAUGGGCGUGAUGACCUGCCACAACUAUCUUUGCCUGCAAUAAUCUGGAUGCAGAGUGCUACAGGAGAACACAUCUGUCUGUUCAUAGGUUGACUCACUGUUUCGUCCAUCUCUUCUCUUCUCAGAAUUGUAGAAGAUGCCACUGCUCCCUUGGUGGGCAAUGCCCCCUUAUUGCUUACGGCUGAUUGUGUUUUAUCACUUAUUUAUUCGAAUCAGCAUUGAGGCAGCUAUGUCUUCAUGUUUCUGGUCCCAGCAGCUCUUCACACCACUUUGUUCAUGUAGACAGGGUUCUGGACUUUCAUCCUAGGCUGCAGGUGUUGCACAUUAGUUUCGUAUCAACUCGUAUUACCUAGGACCCUUAGUUAUUUAGCAGCUGUGAAAGUCUGAGACUCUGAGCCAUCUGCCAGCUUCUUUGUACAGUACUCAGGGGAACAAACGCACAGUUUUUAUAGGGAGACGAAAGAUGGGUUUCUUGUCUUCUGCUAUACAGCCACCCAAAACUCCUCUGCGCUUCAAGGGAAGCGGGUGAAAAGUAAGGGGGAAGUUUCAAGAAGUAAGUAGCCUGCGCUUCAGUCCUGACGCCGAUGGGCAUAGCUGACGUUUUUCAUAAGAGAGUGCUGUUUUGCAGGGCUUUAUGCUCUCACCACUGUGAUUUAUGAUCCUCUGGCUCCAAGGAGCAGGCUGGAGCCGCGCACUGUGGGAAGGGAACAUCUCCAUUUCAUCUGAAGCCUGUGCAGUCUCUGUGGACCACGAAGCAGCCCUCUUGCACUGUUCUCUUUGGUGUGCCAGUGCUUGACAGGAACACACAGGAGGGAAAAAGCUGCACAUUUUUGAAAUCCAGAGACUCUGUCAACUUGAAUUUCCUUUUCUUUCUACUAACUUCAAAGAAUUUUCUAAUGAAGAUUCUUUGGACGUAUAAGAGAGGAAAGUUUAUUUCUUCAUAAAUAUAUGAGGAUUCUCCUGCCCUCCACUGAAGAUUUUUAGUUUGUCGUUGUCUCCUGUGUAUCCUCAUACAGGAAGCUGUAAAACGCACAAAGCAAGCAACCUAGGGAGAGAGAAUUAUACUAACAUAACUUAAUUUUUGUAAGCUUUGGGUGGUGCUCAUAAAUGCCAGAUACUCAGCCAGCAAAAGUAUAGUUUUGUAUUUAAAGAAAGAAUGUCCAUUUCCUCUUCCCUUUUUGGAGGGAAUCUGCGUCCAGUGAGGCAUGAGAGUCCAGAGCUCUGAGCCAGCUCAGACUGCUGCUGUGAGAGGGACCACAAGGUGAUGCGUUGGUGUGUUGGCUGCAGCUGGAGAUCUGUGCCAGCAUGCCUCUUUUGGACCUUGUUCUUCCUCCACUCCAAAUCAGCUCCCUUGGCCUGUGAGUUACCCUGUUGUAAGGAGACAUGAGUGGAGAAAAAUAGGGCUCUUCUCUGAUUUGCAACAGUAUUUUUCAUUCUGUGGAAGUUUCCACCAGGACAAUUAUAAAAACAAACCAAAAAAUAAAUGAAAUGACACAAAGUCACCUUACAAUAAGGAGAAAUAUUUCUGAGAUGCCUGGUCUGAUUCUCAUUUUCCAGCAAGAAGUACGUGUAUCUUUGUUUCUUUAGCCCCUUCCAUGCCCAGAGUUAACACCUUAUGCAAUCAUUCCACGUUUUCUUUCCCUCUGAAGGCCUGGGAGCACCCCACAGAGCACAGUGUUGUACUGACAGCAGUAAGUACUUUGUGUGGAGAGAGUAUGCUGGUUUUGUCCCAUCACUUGGUGUAUUAUAUGUAUAUAUAAUGUAUAUAUUGGGUUUAUAAGUAUGAAGAGUCUGGGAAACAGUAUUUGUAGAUCUCUAUCGUACCUGAUGCUAUUAUCCAGUCCUCCGUAAUGAGCAUAUCACUGGUUUACAGUUGUGAUCUCUUCUCUCCCCCCAGUUUUUCUGGGUUUGGGUUCAGUCUUCACCUGAAGCCAGAAUGUUUGUCAUGAUCCUCAGGCUUGGCCUUGCUCUGUUGAGGCAAAAGGGCACUUUCAGCUGUUAUCAGCCAAAGCAGAUUCUUAGCCUGCAGUAAAAGUUUGAAGAUUCCCACAAGUCAUUUGUAGCAGAAGUGGCAAAAUACAGCUUCUCCUGAGCACUUGAGGAGAAGUAGCACUUAACAGAGGUUUGGAGAGCUGCUUUGUGCUGCAGUGUGAAUAGCUGAUAGCCUUUCUUCUCCAGAAAAAAGCACCUUGCUAAAACAUCAAACCCAAUAGCUCCUAGGAGAGGGUUAACCAUGGCAGGCACCCGUCCUGCUCUGGCCACGAGGAGUUGCAGUCAAGCGCUGGAAAGGGAGUUGCUGUGGGGGUGGAUUUGCUAUCAAAUGUCAAGCAGCCAUGAGUGGGUGUCAGGAUCUGGACAAACUCCAGCGAUGCUAUUUCCUUCCAAAUGCUGCUCGUUUCUGCUUACCCGGCUAGCCAUCUAUCAAGACAGAUAGGUCUGGGCACUGGGGCCGUUCCUGAUGAGCACAUAUCGCUUUUUAAGCAUGUGCAUUUGAGCAGUGCUGGAUACUUGCCAAACUGAACACAUGCUAUUAAAGCCCAUAGGUAAUGAAUAACUUUGCAGAUGAGGAGCAGGUGCUCUGAGGAAUGUCCUGGAGUUAGAGUAGCUUCAAGACAUUGACUUUUAUGUGAAAUGAGGCGAGUUUCUAACCCUUUUUGGGGGGCAUUUUGUUUUAUCCCUAUUGGAUAGCCUGAUUUUACAGAGCAUGAAAGCUGUCGAUGUUUUUAAUUUCUUCUCAGAUCUUACUGACUGGUUAUCCUCUCAGAGGAAGGAUUCAUCAGGAGCCUCUCUAUUUUGAGAGGAAGGGGUAAGACAAAGCUUUGCAAAAUAGAUGAUGGUUAGGUAAAUCUUGGUGGUUCCUGUUAAUGCCUUUUUAGAAUCACGGAAAAACUUAGGUCAGAAAGGACUUCUGGAUAUCGUUAGUCUAAUCUCUGGCUCAAAGCAGGGCCAGCUUCAUAAUUAUAUGCUGUAAUGAAGAGACAUCUAAUGACAUUGAAAUAUAACAACUGAAAAUGGAUGGGAGGAAGUAAUUUGUCCUACACUGCAAGUUGCCUGAGGAACUCCUUGCCACUAGACUGCAUUGAAGCCAAAAGCUUACUAGUAUUUGAAAAAGAGUGGGCACUUUGUACAGCAGCUAAUCUUCACAAAUAAAUUAGGCAGUACAUACACUUACAUAACAGAUGCAAGCCUUUUUGCAGUAGAGCAAAAGCUGAGCAAGAACUGAUAGGGGAUUAUGAAGACAUUUUUCUCAAGUGCAGCUUAUUCCCUGUCUGUCCACCAUAGCCUUUUGCAUUUCAUUCUGAAGUAAAUAGCUACUGUUGAAGAUGAAGCGCUUUGCUAAACUGCACAGUAAUCCAGUCGAUCCUCUUACCUGUAAGAACAGAGGCCCCUGCACACCGGUUUGUGUAGAUACCUCACUUAAUGCUGCACAUUGCAACAUCCUGAGUGCCUACUUGGAAAACAUAUCAUUUUGUGUAGGCACUCCGUCACUAGGGCUGUUCUCCUCCUUCUGAAUCACAAUCCUGCUUUUUUCAGCAAAGACCCCAGGAUUUAAUGGCAACUGUGACAAAUCUCAUUUUUCUCCAAGGAGUCAAGAAAAACCUACAUUUUCUUCGGUGAUGGAGCUAUUAGAACAAAUUCCUUUCUUUGCAUUUCAGUUUUGGAGUUGUUUUGACACUGAUUUGGUGUUGCCAGAAUAGGCUUUGCAGAUAAGUUUGAGUAUUGAGUGGGACGUGGGUUUAUAGCACUGAAUACUGAGUGCACUGAAUAUGAAGAUAGUGGAUUAAAGCCAUGCUGGGGUGGGGACAUGGAAGCCGUUUAUUGUAAUGGUACCAGGGAAUCAAGUUAACAGUGCCUUGCUAGUGUCUAGCCAGCAAACCACUUCUCUGCCAGAGCUAGGUACUGCUGUGAUGAAGCUGUGCUUGUAGGUUUUUUCAAUCUAGUCCAUAAGCCUCCUGCUGCUUGUAGCAGCUCUUCAAGCAACCAGCUUUAAGCCCCAGGGACCAGCAAAAUUUUCUUGGCUAGCAGAGAGAUCCUUUUAAACUGAGGAACAAAAGCAAAUUGUCUUUAUAAUGACAGUUACCUACCAGAGGAGUUUUAUUGUUGCAGCAUCACUAUAGAUGUCUUCAGUUUUGCAUCAAAUUAAAUAGAAUUUUAGUUCACACUCCAGCUCCCUGUCCUUCAUGUGCAUCUGUUGUAUCAAUGAAAAUAAUACAUUUUUUUUUAAUUACAGACCAACCUGAAUGUUAAGGGUGACCUAUGGAGCAAACAGUAGUAAGUGUUUGCUUUUUCCUACCCUUUUAGGCCUAGCUUCUGAACUCCAUCAGAUCUGAUGAGAAAUAUUUUCUUUCCUGAACACUCACUCCCCCCUGGAGCAGUGGCAUCUCUCAUUACAGGCACUGCAGGAGUGUUGCCUGGGGGCUCAGAAAGGCAAAAAAAUGUUGUCCAGCUAGUUAUGAAGAUCUGGAAGGGAUAGAUGGCCUCAUAUUUCUGAGGGGUUUACUGAGAGAGGUGCUGAGAUUGUAAAUGGAGUUCCAGCUUGUCUUCUCCCUCCUUUGGGAAAGGAGGGUUUCGGGCACUGUAGAGGGAAUGUGGUAGAAACUCUGCAGCUUUGAGUUUAGAGAGGUUGUCUCUCAGGAGGGCGUACCACCACAGGCCAAAAUACUGGAAGGAGGGUGAGGGGUUAUUGGUUUUAUACAGCAUCCUAUCAGUCCCUUUUGGUCUGAAAAUCUCAGCCCCUGUGAAUAAUCACGGAGCACAGUCUGUGGUUGAGAAGAGGGGCUGAGAAGGGGGAAAGCAGCAAUAUUACUGCUUGUUACAUGUGUACAUGGAAAUGAAAAUUGGUAGGAGCUUAGACUCACCCCAGGGCUUGCACUGACUUCUGCAGGAGCAGGGUAUCACAUCACCCUUUCUAUCUCAGCAUGCAGGUGGGCUGUGGUCCAAGGCCUUGGGGUUUCUAGCUGAAGGAGAAGCAGGAAACAACAGACACCAGUGAAAAUGACUUUAAUGUUAAUUCUUGUUAAAUAAAACCAUUUGGGAACUGCUAGGUCCAUUAGUCACUUACCGAACAAGCCAAAUGUAUCAUAUUGCAACUCUCCUGGUUCUGAAGCUGCAGUUCUCAAUGCAGAGAUACCCAGUGGGGUUUUCCUCUUUACCCAGGAUAUCGGGCAGCUCCGCAUGGUGAAACUCUAUACAGACUGAAAUGCAACUGUGUACAUUCGUUACAUAGUUUGCCUUGGACUAGGUGGAAUUUCUGUGGUUUCACAUUUAUGUUUGGUAUAAUCAAUGUUCAUAAUUCAUCUACUUCUUAAUUUCAUAGAAGUAUCCAUUUUGCUUUUUUUUUUUUUUUAUGUUUGUUUGUCUUCAUGGUCUGAAAUCUACAGUGGAGCAGAUAAGGCUGUGCUAGAAUGUUUAAAAGAUCUUUUAAUAAAGAUUUGGCUUCCA